GUGUGGUGGUUUUUCCCAAUCUGUCUGCCGUCUGUGUCGAGCUUCCAUGAUACGUCAAGAUAAGAAACUAGAACUUUUUAAGCAAAGUUUACAAAACUAAGAGUCGUGAUUCAAAGAGUCUGAGCGACUGAUCUUCACGUCAUCUUCUUCUGAGACUACACAUCAGAUAAAAUAUUUUAGUGAGCUUUUGAAUUCAGGGGGUAGCCUACAGUGAAACACACGGUUGGUCAGGAAAGCUGUUUGAAAAACACUAAAUCUGGUUUUAUGAAGGAUGGACCGAUGAAAGGCUCUACUGCAUUGAUCAAACAAAAAUAUCCACUGGAUGCAAAGAAGAACUAGGUUAACCAACUUGCAUAAAACUAACUUCAACCAGACUGGUUAAACGGAUAACAUGUCGGUGAAAAGGAGAACUAGUUAGUAACCCUUCAUUCACUGAUGGAAGGUUAAACCAGAUUGAUAGGCAGCACAUGUACGUAUUCGUUUUGGAAAAAAACAACUAGUCAACAAGUUUCAACUUUCUUUGACAACAAAGCUGUUGGAUCAGGCAGGCCAGGCAGCAGUAACUAGUUAAUAAGUUGAACAACUAGUGUAUAAUUCUACCUGUUGAAAUUGAUGGAAGUUAUUAAACCAGACUGGACAUAGGAGGUUGAGGAGUCUUUAAACCAAACUAACUAGUUACAAAUUGACUAACUUUGGUGGGAGAGUUAAACCUAACUGGAUAACGGUCUAAUUAGUGAUAGACAGGAGAGCAAGUUAAAGAACUAAUAAUCAAGGACUUAGAUGGAGAGCUCAAAGAGGACAAUCUGAAAGCAACAAUGAGUUACCAAAACGGGGAUAACAUACAAACUCCACUCUUUGGAGAACGACAAACGCAGGACAGAGUCAUUAACCUUUCACUAGGGAUAAUUACUGCAAUUGCUGUAACAGUAACAUUUGUAAGCUCAUUUAUAUUUCCAAAAUGGCCGCCCUCCACUGUGAACGUCAUCUUUGCGUUUGUUAUUGUCUUGGUUUGCAUUGGAAAUUUAUUACUGAUAUACUGGUAUCGUGAAGGGGACAUAUCUCCGAAAUUCAGGGGUCUGAUCUACUACAAUGCUGCCACCAUCCUGUGUCUUUGUGUCUGCGCAAAUCUCUACAUUCACCAAGUGGAAAAAUCAAUGGUGUUCGCCACAGUAUCCUAACAGGAGGUUUGUGCAAAAAAGGAGCCGUAAAUUAUCGUCAUAGCUGAAAAGGUCACAUUUUUUGUCUUCGAAUUGUGUUAUUAAUUUUAUUCUUUGUUGGUGUCCAUUGAAGUUUGAAAUGUGUUUCUAACACCCGUUUUAGACAGGUGUGCCAGAGUUGUGCUGAACCAAAUAGAUUAGGAGCGACUCUAGGUUGGUUUCAGGCUGGCGAACUUAUUAUUUACAUUAGGCUCGGCUCACGACAAACCAACGUCUGAAACCAAGGCGCUCCAGAGUCGUUCCGAACGACUGCAACAGUUUAUCUUUCGACUUUUAGCGUGGCCAGUCGCUCCUUACUGUUUUCGACGUUGAACUUUUUAUGUACUUAAUUCAGAAUUUGGUUCUGCGAGAUUCUGGAGCCCCUGUCUAAAACAGGUGUUGAUCCCCUAUUUUUGGACCAAUAGUAUCCACUGUGGUUUUGAAUUGUAGACAAACUUUGCCAACCAGCCUGCAAUCCGAUGUCAUGUAGUGAAUGCAUACACAAUUAACCCUCUUACUGUCUGACCAUUCAAUGUCAUUGACUUAUAGCAGAAAACAGUGCUUAAAAGUUUUCUGCUGAGCAAAAAAAAAGCAGAUUACCAGUCACAGAUUGUACAUAAUGACAUGCUAUUUUGGCUGGUAAC